GGGGUUUGUUGAUGUGAGUUUGAAUGGUGCUUGGCCUUUUCUUAUAAUGGUACUCUACCCUCACACAGUCUCUCUCUCUCUUUCCCUCUCUGUGGGAAGCAGUAGUGGUUUGAAUAAGUAGAUUCAGAUUUGAACUUUAAUCUUUGAAGAUUUUAGAUGGUGCAAAAUCAAUCCUUAACCUCUCAAAAAGGUUGAAAAUUUUAAGACAAAAAGAAACAAUACAAAAUAAUACAUCAUAGCUAUAGUUAGAGUGUAAACAGGUACCUCCAUCUUUACUUCCUAUUUUUCUUCUUCCCCUCUUGAUGCAAAAACCCUCUCCUCCUACAAAACCACAAAAAUAUAUGCCAACAAUAUCAAAUACCACUUAAAAGCCCUAGAUCCUUUUUAAGGUAACCCCAUUAAUUAAUUACCCUUUUCCUAAAUUAGCUAUAAUCUCACUGAUAUUUGACUGGUUUUGAACACCACAGUAACACUCCACCAAAUCAAAUCCACCCUCUCCAUAAAGAACCCAUUCGACCAUUUUUCCCUUCUCUCUCUCUCUCUCUCUCUCUCUCUCUCUCUCUCUCUCUCUCUCUAGGUUUAGGGGAAUGCUGCAUGCAUUUUGGUGAUGGCUGAACAAGGAGGAAAUGGUACUAGCCGUGUGAUCAUGAGGGACUACAGGAAAGGGAACUGGACAGAGGGGGAGACAAUGAUUUUGAUAGAGGCAAAGAAGAUGGAUGAUGAGAGAAGAAUGAAGAGAAGUGGUGGUGGGGAAGGUGGUAGUAGUGGUGGAGGAACUGAUCAGACAACAAGAUCAAUGAGCAAACCAUCUGAGCUGAGGUGGAAGUGGGUGGAGGACUACUGUUGGAAAAAAGGUUGUUUGAGAAACCAAAACCAGUGCAAUGACAAGUGGGACAAUCUCAUGAGGGAUUACAAGAAAGUGAGAGAAUAUGAGAGGAAGGUUACUAACGUGGGAGAAGGGAAAGGAGAAGAAGGUAGUGCAUCGUAUUGGAAGCUUGAGAAGAAUGAGAGGAAGGAGAGGAACUUGCCUACAAAUAUGGUGCCUCAGAUUUAUGAGGCUUUGGUGGAUGUGGUGGAGAGGAGAGAAGCUGGUGGUGGUGGUUAUCAGAUUAGAGGUCAUGAGGUGGUGGGGGGAGCUUCUGUUUCUGGUCCAAAUGUUGGGAUUAAUCCAAAUAUUGGGUAUGGUUUGGAGAGGCCUAUAAUUAGUACAACUAAUGUUCAUCAGCAGCCUUCUUCUUCACUGCCUUCUCCUCCAGUUUUGCAACAUCAUCAUCAUCAAAUCUCAGUUCCAACAAUUGCAGCAUUGCCACUUCUUCCACCUGCUCCACUGGCAGCCCAACCACCACUUGCUCUCCCAUACGCACAGGUUAUGCCCACAGUAGUGCAACAACAUUUUUACUUUUGGGAGACGUGUGAAAUGAUAUCAGAUUCCGAUACAAGUGAGCAUUCAGACUCGCCAGCUAAAAGGAGGAGGAGGGCAAGUGGAAGAGGUGGCGGUGGUGGUGAAGAUCAAGGAGGAACCAGUGGAACUGUGAGUGCUAGCAUCUCAAGUGAAGUGGGAACUGCCAUCGCCAGAGGUGCUUCCGUGAUUGCAGAAGCACUUCAGGGCUGUGAGGAGAGAGAAGAAAGGAGGCACAGACAGAUGUUGAAUUUGCAUGAGAGAAGGCUACAGAUCGAGGAAACUAAGACUGAGAUCAACAGGCAAGGCAUUAAUGGCCUCACUGAUGCCAUUAACAAGCUUGCAAACUCCAUCCAUGCCUUGGCUUCCAACAAAAACCAACAGCCACCUCCAAAUUGAUAAUUAGAUUAUCAUUAUAAUCCUAAUUAAGAUGCAUUAAUAAUUUAUAUUUAUUUAUAUGAUCAUAAAAUAGAAAAAGAGAGAGGUAGAGAUCUCAUUGAUCACAUUUGGUUGAUUAAUGUACAUAAUUUAUAAACCCAUUUGUGUUUUGAGUUCAA